UUUCAGAUCAACACAUUUGCUACGCCGAUAUCCUUCCUCCUUCUGAGGUUCGACUCAGGAUCGAAGUUGCAAUCCUUAGUUUCCUAAAAAAUCUCAGUUCCCCAACUCCAUCAGUAUCAGAUCUACCUCUGGUUCGUAAUUUGUUUCUCAAUUGCCGCUAUAUUCCAUGUUUUCUGGAGUUAUAGCGUUAGUCAAAAUAUUAGCAGAAGGAUGAGCAAUAGCAGAGUUAGUCGAGGAUUACUGACCGAAAACACGAGGAUUUUUCUUUCGGAUUCGUUUUCUACGAAGUCUUUGAUGAAUGAGAACAGUGCUAAUUCAUUGAUCAGAGUUUGGAAGGUGAUGGAAAUGUGUUAUCAGAUUCUGGGCCAAGAGAAGAAAGUAACUCAGAGGGAGUUGUUUUACAAAUUGCUAAGCGAAUCGCCGCAAUAUUUCACCUCUCAGUUGCAGGCUAACCGUAGCAUCCAAGAUUUGGUUGCAUUGCUGAGAUGCAGCCGUUAUAGCCUUGGCAUCAUGGCUACGAGCAGAGGAGUAGUUGCUGGGCGCCUUAUGCUGCAGGAGCCAAAUCGAGACGUUAUUGACUGUUCUGUUUGUGGAUCAUCUGGCUAUGCUAUCUCCGGAGACCUCAAUUUCCUAGAAAGUUUGGUUAUGAAGAGUGAUGCUAGAUAUAUCAUUAUGGUGGAGAAGCAUGCUGUAUUUCAGAGGUUAGCCGAGGAUUGCUUCUUCAACCAAAUUCCAUGCAUUCUCAUCACGGCCAAAGGAUAUCCAGACAUCGGGACCAGAUUUCUUCUGCACCGGAUGAGCCGAGAGUUCCCUCACCUACCGAUUCUAGCCCUUGUUGACUGGAAUCCUGCUGGAUUGGCAAUAUUGUGCACAUUCAAGUAUGGAAGUGUAACAAUGGGGCUGGAAGCAUAUCGAUAUGCUUGCAAUGUCAAGUGGCUCGGGCUGCGGAAAGAUGACAUCGACCAACACAUACCGGAAGAAUCCUUGAUCCCAUUAAAGCCACGCGAUCAUCAAAUUGCCAAAAGCUUAGAGUCCUCAGAGAUCUUGCAGGAUACGUACAAGGAAGAGCUAGCCGCAAUGAUUCAAAGCGGUUGUAGAGCAGAAAUAGAAGCACUCUACUUCAACGGAUAUGAUUUCUUGGGUAAGUAUAUAGGAAAGAAAAUUGUACAAGCCAGUUACAUAUAAUUCAGACCUAAUUCAGAACAGUGGCUUGUGUUCACAGUGCUAAUUGGUGUUUUUUUUCAUUAUAAUGAUAGAGUCAUAGAGAUGUAA